GUUGGUAUCAUCGGUGCAGCAACAGUGAUACCCAUCCGAUUUGUAGUGCUGGAAAGUGAGAUCACGGUAUAUGAAAUGAGUCAGUGUCCAUCACGAUUGGCCCGAAAAAGUGCGCAGCGUUUGUUUUUGAAGAGAAAAAGUGAAGCCUCAACAUCGAAUAAUGAUCAAAUUGGGUCGUGGCUCCAAGAAUUUCAAAAAUUUGGAGCUGCUCGCAUAAAAUUAGACGCCGUGAGGAAGAAGAAGCAGCAGAUCGGUAUGUUCACACGAACUCGUUAUCUGAUUCAAAAUAUUGGUAAAAUGCUGAAAACAGAAAAGAUGGCGGCGUCGGGUUUAAAUGACUCAUCCUCGAAGCAUGCGCUAGCGGUCCUGCCUUCAGAUCUGCCCUUCUCCCUGAAGCCAACAUCGCUAUACGCCGCGAUGUCGCUCUUUGUCCGUCAUAUCAUAGAUCUUUUGAAUAAGAGCAGUUUUCAGGCUGCUGUUACAAUACAGCUGCUACUAGCAGCGCAUGAAGACCGUUGCUGCAACUGA